GCAGUGACUGAGCGACUUGAUCGUGAGACGGUCGUCUGUAGUGCUAUCAUGCGGUAAACUGACGCAACUAACAUGUCAAUCUGUAACACUUUCGGGUCAUUCGCGAUUUACUUGGCGGUAAUACUCAUAAUCUCCGAAUCACCGGUUAGUGCGUUCACCAUCCGGUGGACUCGGACAACGACCUUGAAACCAUCGAUUGAUCUCACCGGUCAGGAAAGUGCCUUAUUAGAAGUAAAACAUGAUAUACCAAAAACCAACAAUGGGAAAGGGAACAUCUUCCAAAAAGUAAUUUCUUCCACAUCAAAAGAUAUGAUUAAAACUGAAAAAGAAAAGGAAACUCCAACACGAACUUCUCGCAAUUCAUUGAAAUUUGAGAAGGGAUCAAAUAAAAUGACAUCUACGACUACAAUGUUUAAAAGUAAUAAAAAUUUGCAACCAUUUCAUACAUCAACUAAAGUAACAACGCCAAUAAACGACUCAACGCAAUUAGUCACAUCCCCGAGUACAAUCAUUAAUGGAAGCCGCACUAAAUUGGACGACACUAUUAAAGAAAAAAAGAUUAAUUCUAGAUCGGAACAAACCACUGUAGGUUACGCGAUAAAAAAUAACGACCAAACAACAGUAAAUAAGAUAAAAGGAGAUAAAAAUAAUAUCGAUUUAACAACAGAGGUUUUAGAAACAACAACACAACGAUUAGCGGCAUCAUCACAAAGGUUAAUAGAGUCUACACCUCAAAAUUCAAAUAUUCUUGACACUAGUAACACUAAAAUGACUAAUGAUCCCUCUACAACUACAGAUAUGACAAUUAUGGCAUCAGAAUCACAUAUGUUCAAUACAGGAACUGAAAAUGUGGUAACAGAUAUCAAAGAAUCAACUGAAACGAUGGUAGUGGAAGCCUCUAGUUAUAUGUCUACGAAUCCUUCCUGGAAAAAAUAUACUAAUAUUGAAAGAGGAUAUACUAAACCAUUGAAGGUAGAGAGCUUCAGUACAGAAGCUAUCGAAUUACUCAUGAAUGCCGAAACAGUGCCUAUUAAAACUACUUUAGAAAAUGUUGCUAAUAUCACAUCCAUAACAUCUCUGAAAAAACUUAACCAACAGCUAACAACUAACGCUGAAACCAAUAUUACUCGAAAUAAUGAAAGCGCUACAUCAAAGUUAGUUCCGACUGAUCCUUCAAUUAUAAACAGUUCUGGAUCUGCAACUUUGAGUUUAAAUACAGCGACUGAUAAUGUGGUAGAAUCGAAACGAGCUGGAUUUAUAGAUUUAACCGCAAAACAAAAUGAUACUGAGGUAAUAACUACAACCGAUAAUUUUACUUUUAAUGAAACUGAAUUGAUUGGAGCUAUGUUUGAAGCGGAACUUAAUGAAAAUGACAGUUCUGAUAUAAAAAAUGGAUCUGAAUCGCAAAGUCAAUUGGUAGAUGAUGAGAUGAAGGACAAGUUGCUAGAAGAGCAAGUCUUAAAUGAUGACUUAGUAAAAACUUAUCAAAAACAAUCAAGUCAGGGAAACUUCAUAGAGAGUAAAAAAAAUUUACCCACUGAAGAUUCCCUUAGUGUGAAACCAAUCAAUCCUAAAGUUGGACUUUACACAGUUAGUCCAAAUUACAAGAAAAUGAAAAAAAUCGAGGUACAACCUUUAAAACCCUUUAUUAGAGAUCCGGACGACAACAGUUGGAGAAACGAAAGUCUGAGUUUAUUAGGAAUAGUCUUUAAAGCAAAAAAUGCCUCCAAACCUUUCACCCAAGUCCUAAAAAACAAAACUGAAGCAGUGCUUAGCAUUGCACCUGAAAAAGAUGAUAAAAAUGAAGUCACAGAACUGCGGGAAAGACUCGAGAAAAGCUCACAAGUACGGAAAUCGCGGAAAAAGAAAAUAAACAAAGCAGGCGAAACUAUAUACACUGACUAUGAAGAAAGCAAUUCUGGUGAGUCACUCAGUACAUUAAAACCUGAUACCACUAUGCCAUUAUUUAACGCCGAUGGUAAAUUAGCUUUUAUCGGUGGAACUUCGAUUUCUACCGUCGGUCCUGAAUCAACAACACUACCGGGAGUCUACAUCUACAAGGAAGACGUUCUAACGACUAGGAAGCCUAAGAAAAAUAAAUUCGCAGAGUACUACGACACUACAGAUGAAUAUGACGCAGAUUAUUUAACUCUCCCGAAACUAGACUUGAAAAAGUUUACUACUAGUUUCUACAAUAAGGACACGGUAACAACGCCGCCGAUUUAUCUAACAACGCAUGCUAAAACGUUAAACACGAACUGGCCGGACAGGAAACCCACCGUUCAAUACUUCCCACCGAAAACUGAACCGCAGAAGGUCAGCUUGAACGAUUACGACAGUGAUUUCGAGAAAAAAGUGAAUAUGUUCUCGUUCAAGGAGCCGCCGAUAAAUAUCGCCCGCGCAUCGGCAGCCACCGCGCGCACCGUCCAAAAGUACCGGUUAUCGCCACAGGAAAACAGUCAAGCGCCGCCGAUCGGCAGACCUGAUAAUUCGUACAAGAACUUUUACGUCACUUUUCCGCCACGGGCUGUCGAGCCCAGUAAUCGCUACUCGGUCGACGACGAAAGUUACAACCGCGCGUCCUAUGUCAUAAAGCACUUCAAGGACUUGAUCGACGAAGCGGUCAAAGGCGACUACGACAAGAACGGUGAGUUCGUCCAGUCGUACACGAACUCGCCGUUGACGGGCGUCACUAUCGACGAAAUGACCAAGGGCAAACAGAAAUCGAGCAUGGACGACGACUACGAUUACGCAUCGAACUUCCACAAAGAGAUACUGAAUAAAUUCGUCGACAAUUUCAAUCAGAACAGUGAAAGGUUCAAAGCGGACUUCCCGAUUCUAUACAACAAUAGUGUAGUGCACGGGAGGGUGCAGGACAGCGGGCGAGUGGUAGCGUCCUCCACCGCCUCUCUGAAGCGGCAGUACGGGCCGCACGAGUCUGCGCCGCACGAGUACUCGCCGCACGAGUACUCGCCGCAGAAGCCGUGCCGCACCAACUGCGACCUCAAGGUGGAACUGUCGCCCGCCUACGAGCUCCACUACUACGUGCCCGAACAAGAGGAGAAGGAAGAGGUCGAGCUGAAACCGGCCACCAUACCUUACACGUACAGAUUAUGA